AUGGCCACUGCUCAGAACAGAUCGACCCAGCCAACAACGUAUCUGUGUCUCAAGUCGCGCUGGCUGCUGGCCGUGUUCAACGACUGGACUUUGUUGACCGGCCUGAUUUUGGUGAUUCUGCUUGUGAGAUCCAAAGACGUGGUGAAACUGCAAUCGAAAACAACCACCUCGCCUUUCAACACGUCACUGCAUUUGUCGUUGAGCUCAGACGUGCACGAGCUACAACUCACUAGCCUCGAAAACCUGCAUGUUGCCGUCACCUACGAUAUCUCGACCCAGAUAGGCUAUUUGAACUCGACUCUUAAUCACACAAUCACGACUGCAUACUCUUCCGUCCACUCCAUUGACCUCCAGUCGAUUCUCGCAUCGCUGAUCAAAUCCGUCAACCAGACAAUAGUCUCCUCCCUAGCCUCGCAAAAUGAUCAGCUGCAGUCGCUUAAAUCGACUCUGGAAACCCAGGCAGUGUAUGUUGACAGUUCGGUUAAUUUAGACUCAAUGAACAUCAAUUACACGUGGAUAGGCGACUACCUCAACACAUCGGCAAGUCGUUACUCGAUACCCAAUCCUUACUCUUCCUACUACAACAAGCUGUCGAGUUAUUUUGACUUUUUGGACAAUCUUUGCCAAGCUGCCACCAAAAAUAUUUCAUCUGCAUUUGGCACUGUCGAAACGUCCGAUAUUUCGUUGUAUAAUUACACUUCGCCAGACAACCAAACAACCAAAAUUGGUCUCUCGUUUACUCCAGAAACCUCACCAACACAUGUGGCCAAAUCGGUGUAUGUGCUGCCCGUGAUAAUGGUGCUUUUUAUAUUCAUACAACUGGUGCUCAAUUGGUUACAUUUUGUGCAUGAGCAGAAACAAGCCGCAAGUUUCCCCUUGGAAGCGACAGAAAAGACGGAUUUCCUGCACUAUACGUUCCAGACUGUUGAUUUCGAGGCUUUCAAGCUGUGGGAGCUGUUCACAUUGCUCACGGGGGACUUUGGAGCAGUGAAAUACCACUAUUUCUCGUCGUUCUGGCUGGGGAUCCGGUCCAAUGCCAAGAAUCUGGGGAAGUAUGUGUUUUUCGCGGUCCUUGUAUGGAUCUUCUGGGUGAACGAGUCUCCAAUGUCGGGGCCCAUGACGCUGUCGUUGUCUGGGGACUCGUACUCUUUACAGGAGACGAAAUCUUUCCAAGUGGACGCGGGGAUUGACACGGACGGUCUUUUGGACGACCUGGAGACGGUUUUCGACAACACCGAGGCCGAAAUCGACCAGUUUCUCACCGACAACGGGCUGGACACUGUGGUUGGCCCGUGGGUGAUCAAUCGCACGGUAUUGGACAAUUACGGCUGGCCGUCAGGGGUACCUAGCAAACUGGGGAUUGCGCUGGACAGUGCGGUUUCCAACGGGCGCACGAGCUUGGACGCUGUUUCUGACGGAUCCAGUGCGCGUGUGUUACUGGUUUACGCGUUUGUUCUGGCAGUGGGUGCCGUUUGCACGGCUAUUGGUAGCAGUGUUUGGAUACUUUGGGAGAUCGAUCGGGUAUUUAAGAAGAUCGGCGAAGGACUAGAGAUCUUCGACACGCUGUAUUACCGACACGAAAAUGCCACUAAUGGAUCGCAGAAGGAGAAGCUGGAGAACGACCUGAAGAAGGAGAUCAAGAAGCUGCAGCGGUUUCGCGAGCAGGUGAAGAAUUGGCAGGCCACGAACGAGGUGAAGGACAAGGAGAAGUUGAACGAGAACCGUCGGUUGGUUGAGCAGGCGAUGGAGAAGUACAAGCUGGUGGAGAAAGGGUCCAAGACGAAAGCGUACUCGGACCAGUCGUUGGCCAGCUACGACGACAUCCAGGAAGAUAACGAGGCGACGGAGUUUGUGAAAGAGAGUCUGGACGACAUUAUGAUGCAGGAGGAGAUUCUGGAGGCCGAGCUCGACAAGUUGGCGGCCAAGAAGGGCAAGCGAACGAACACUGUGGACGAGAGAAAGACCGAGAUUGAGGAUCUGUUGGAGAUUCAUCAAUGGCACAAGGAGAAGCUCGAGGUGGUAUUGCGACUGCUGGAGAGCCGAGUGCUGAGACCAGAGGACGUCAUGAAUAUCCAGGAGGACAUCAAGUAUUAUCUCGAGGAGAACCAGGACCCGGACUUUGUGAACGACGAGACCAUCUACGACGACCUGAACUUGGACGUGGACGAGAACGCGCUUCUUGAGGGUGGCAGUGCUGCCAACGGCGUGCACAAGGAGGAGGAGUCUGUUUUAACGUCGACUGCGCCGAUCAGUGUUUCUGUGCCUGAGCCGGUCACCACUCCGGUGAAGAAGAAGGAGACCACGCCCACGCCGAAUGUUGCUUCUGUGCAGCCGAUUCCCGUGGCUGGCGUGAAGGCCGGUGUGUCUGUGGCGCCUGCUGUGCCGAAAACAGCGACUCCAACCGCGACGCUGGCCAACCUGGCCGGCAGUCUUCCGACAAUGAGCACGCUCAAGCCUGCCCCAGUGCCCGCCAAGCCUGUGGGGGAGCUUAAGUGGGCCGCUGCGGUGAGCCAGACCGCGAACGGGAAGCCGAAACCCAACGGAGCCGAGGAAAAAUCGCCAGCCACCACUCCGCUCUCCACGAUGAACACCAACGCACUCAAUGCGGCCAGUGUGCUGGAGGCAUUGAAAAAACAGCGACCUCAGGACGGCGUUUCCCGCAGCGCGUCCGAGUCGCGGGCCGGGUCCACGGCGUCUGGGUUGCAGUCCACAGAGGUGGACGCGGACCCGAACUUCCGCUUUCUGCCCCCAGGCAUCCAGAGCACGAUCCUGUCGUUUGUGGAGGCCAGAAACCGGCCCGAGUCGGACAAACUGCCGUCGCUGUCUGGCGUGAGCACCAUGCUAGCCGUGCCAAGACGGUUCUCACCGCUCGCAGAGGGAACCUACCCGCCAGGACUGGAAGCACAGCGCGUGUCGGCCAUCUGGAACAGCGUGCGUGUGAGCCCCAACCUGGAAAUCGACUCACAGAACGUGGACUCGGCCACCCUGUUCUAUGCCUACUACUACGGCCUGUCGCAGAAAGAACGCGACGUGGCCUCGGCCGUGCUCACCACCCGUCUGUGGCGCGUCAACAACGACAAAUCCAUGUGGUUCCAAAGACACUCCCAGGUCAAGGUGUCUGGGGAUGGCUUUGAGAUCUCGGACUUCAACAUUUUCGACGCUGAAAAAUGGAGCUUCUACGAGAAAAAGAACUACAAGGUGGACUACUCGCAAUUCGGCAAGUUCUUCAACCGCGGCCCGAUCUCCGUCAACUUCACCGCCUUCUUGCGCUUGCCAGACUCCUCGGCAGCACCUUUGGCCUUCACUGCAACCUCCUCCUUCACCUCCACCACGGCGUCGUCCUCCACCUCCGAAUCAGACGUGAACCCGGCCUGCGCAUACGGGUCCAGUAUAAUGUCCGCAACGUCGUCCACGCGCGAAAGAUCCGGCAGCUUCUUGUUCGUCUUCUGA